GAAACCUGCUUCAAUUCCCGUCGAGUGAGCAUCGCGGGUUUAUUUUUUGCUGGUAAUCUUCGACCUCUUCUUCCCCCUCCCUCCCCACAGGAUUCCCGGCUUUUUCCCCCCCGUCCGGUUCACCUUCAGACCUUCAAUGGCGUCUCUUCGUCAGUCGGCCUCGGUUGCUUCCGCCGUGUGCAAGCAGACUGCUGGUCCCCGCUUCGCCCAGUCCGUCGCUUCCGUUCAGACAUGCAGCCGAAUCUCUUCAUUAUCUUCUUUCCCCUGCCUUCACUCUUCAUACCGUCCGACCUCCUCUCAAAUCUCUAUUCCCGCCCGCCAGACUCGCACGUUCCUGACACAACUUCGCCGUGAUGCGCAAGCUCUCAAGGAACAGCCCAUCUCACCAUCCGCACCCUUGCCCAAGUCUGGCAAGCAACCGAAGCCCACUCUGUCCCUAACCAACCUUCCGUACUUUGUUCGCCGGACUGGAUCCAACCAGCUGCCUGUCUACCUCGUUACAAAAGCCGGUGGCACCAAGCAGCUCACCAAGAUCCAGAAGACCGAGGGUGAUUUGGAUGCUUUGCGCAGUGAUUUGGCACUUACUCUGGGUGUUGACACUCGGAGCCCCGAUGUUUCGAUCAACCGUCUUACCGGUCACAUCAUCGUGAAGGGCUGGCGGAAACCCGAGAUCGUCAAAUUCCUCCAGGAGCGCAACUUUUAAUCUCUUCUCUCCUGAAUUGCAUACUUUCGCAGCGAUCGGUCGCUUGAUGUCUACACAAAGGCAUUGACCGGGAUCCUAAUGAGUGCGGGUAUCCGACGAGUGUGGAAGCGGGAGGAGCAAAAAAGCGAGAACAAAAGCAUUUGGAGAACCAGUAAGAGGAGGAAAUCAGACUUGGGUCCGUGGACAUGUGAUGUUCCAUGGGUUAUUUUUUUCCCUUUUUCGUUGAUUCCCUACUUCCCUUGGUGUGUAUUUCUUAAGCUCAGUCAUGGGGUCAUUUGUUUCUUUUCCUUUUUCUCUUUCUUUUUUUGCGGGUGUUGUUACUUCUGGUCUCUUCUUUCUGUGGCCCUGUUUUCCGGCGCUUGCGUUUACUUUCAUCACUCCCUGUAUCACUCCUACUCUGUACAUGCUCAAUGGCUCGAUGGGCGUUGGCCCUGGUUUUUUUCUAAUCGAAUGAAUCUAUAUAGGUAUUGGCAUAUCUAUUUGAAGUAAAGUAUUCGCUGCGUUCGAGAUCCUUCAAAUACAAUUUUCCAGAGCGUCGAUAAACAGACAAAAUAGGACGGAGACUCCGCUUUACAGGGAUACCAAAUCGGAAGUAUGCCGAAAACGGCAAUAUCUCGACGACUUUGCCUACAUUUGGCAAUGUCCACCCCAUUCCAUAUUUACAAUUACAGCAUUACAAUCAAUGCCAAUGUUUACUUGAGA